UUUCAUGUGGAUGUGCUUAGUGGUCGGAAGGGCUUUACCUGUGAUAUACUGGGCCGAAUCCACUACCAUUUGUAGGAUUUUCCGCUCACAUACCAGCCAGCACAUGCAGCCAGUCAGUACACUUUCCACCACACAUCUACAGAAGUUUGCCAAGGUUUUUGGUGACAUGCCGAACCUCCGCAGACUCCUGAGGAAGUAGAGACGCUGUCGCGCUUUAUUUGCAAUUACAUAUGUAUGAUGGAUGGAAAAUAUUGGAAACGUUGAGCUGUUUGGGAUUCGCGUUUCAGGUCAACGACCUUUCGACAGAACAAGAACAAAAAAAGUCAAGAGAUAAAAAAAAGCCUGAAGCUAAGGAGAGGACAGAUCUGAGUCUCCCCUUCACGUGGAUUGCAAAGAAGGCAGCGGCACUCUAUUGAGAGGGCGGAGGGUUACCGAAGUUUCGGCGCUGCAGGAGGGGUGUGCAGAGGUCGGCUGGUCCCGCAGUGAAAUUGACGAGGCGAAAAAAAAGUUUGGUGAAACUUACCGGAGAAGUUUGGGGUUCGCGGUGUGUCUGGGACGGUGUUCGUCUCCCUUGUCUCUUACCGAGGACGCAUUCAGGGAGAUCGGUUACUCGAACAUGUCUUCGAUCUUGCCUUUCACUCCGCCGAUUGUCAAGCGCCUGCUGGGCUGGAAGAAGGGAGAACAAAACGGGCAGGAGGAGAAAUGGUGCGAAAAAGCCGUGAAAAGUUUGGUGAAAAAGUUGAAAAAGACCGGCCAGUUGGAUGAGUUGGAAAAGGCAAUUACGACCCAGAGUAUUAACACCAAGUGUAUAACCAUCCCCAGGUCUCUCGAUGGAAGGCUUCAGGUUUCCCAUCGGAAAGGCCUGCCCCAUGUCAUCUACUGUCGCCUCUGGCGUUGGCCGGAUCUUCACAGCCACCACGAGCUCCGAGCCAUGGAGAUGUGUGAAUUCGCCUUUCAUAUGAAGAAGGACGAGGUCUGUGUGAACCCUUACCACUACCAAAGGGUGGAGACCCCGGUUUUACCUCCUGUUCUCGUGCCAAGACACACAGAGAUGCCUGCUGAACUCCCGCCUCUGGAAGACUACACACACUCCAUCCCAGAGAACACAAAUUUCCCAGCAGGCAUUGAACCACAGAGCAACUACAUACCAGAGACCCCGCCACCAGGCUACAUCAGUGAAGAUGGGGAGACUAGUGACCACCAGAUGACCCAUAGCAUGGACACCGGGUCUGUGGCUGACCUGUCUCCAAACCCCUUGUCACCAACACACAGUAACCUGGACUUGCAGCCUGUCACUUACUGUGAGCCAGCCUUCUGGUGCUCCAUAGCGUACUACGAACUGAACCAGCGAGUCGGGGAGACCUUCCAUGCCUCACAGCCUUCUCUGACGGUGGAUGGCUUCACCGAUCCAUCCAACUCUGAGCGCUUCUGCCUGGGGCUGCUCUCCAACGUGAACAGGAACGCAGCAGUGGAGCUGACGAGAAGGCACAUUGGUAGGGGAGUCAGGCUAUACUACAUUGGGGGAGAGGUCUUUGCCGAAUGCUUGAGUGACAGCGCCAUCUUUGUUCAGAGUCCAAACUGCAACCAGCGCUACGGGUGGCACCCUGCGACCGUUUGCAAGAUCCCACCAGGAUGCAACCUUAAGAUCUUCAAUAACCAGGAGUUUGCGGCAUUAUUGGCUCAGUCAGUGAACCAGGGUUUCGAGGCGGUGUACCAGCUGACCCGGAUGUGCACAAUCCGAAUGAGUUUUGUCAAGGGUUGGGGAGCAGAGUACAGGCGCCAGACGGUGACCAGUACUCCCUGCUGGAUUGAGCUUCAUCUGAAUGGACCUCUACAGUGGCUGGACAAAGUCCUCACCCAAAUGGGAUCACCGACCAUUCGCUGCUCGAGCAUGUCAUAAGAAGAUUGGCUUCAUCUCAGGGAAGACAGCUGCCAGAUUUUAUGGGCCUGGCUGUAGCAGAUAAUUUAUAGAAAAAUAAAACAACAGAAGUUGGAUGGUACCCACCACUGGUGGUUUCUUCAUUAGCAAUAUCAAGUACCAUCUUUGCCACCUCUCCACCAUAACUGUUAGCACUUUCUGUGGCAUUGCUGUUGGGAAAUAUUUACAAAAAGAUCAUCAUCAAUUUUCAAUCUCAUUUUCUAAUGGAAUGAAAGGAACUCAUUAUCUCCUGCAACCAGCUGAAAAUUUUUUUCUUCCAAGUACAAGUUGGGCCAUUUUAUAUUAUUUGACUGUUCUAUGUCCUACUUCCAUGCAACUACUGUUCAUUCAAGUUGUACAGACAAGUGGAUCUGGUUGCUUCCUUCCAGCAGCGUCAUGAAAUUUUUUAUGAUUGAGCCAAGGGUGGCUAUUGCCAUGGUAACUCAAACCAAUUUGUUUUACUUAAGUGGGAAGCUGGAAAGCCCUUUUACCAUUCACCAUCGUUCUUUUGCAGUAUGUGAUGGUUUGGAACUCUCAGUGGUCCUUCUGCCAUGUCCACAUAACACGUCAUGAGGUGGAGGAUGAGGGGCCUUUCUAGGACAAUAUCUUGGUGUGCAGGGAGUUGUGAUUCCUUUGGCCAAUAAUGUUUCUUUCCUCCCACCUAUUUUGUUUCUACUAGUAUAAUGGAGGGUCAACUUGCACGCUAACCUCCCGCUUUAAAAACCCUCCUCUUUCGUAGUGAAGAGUUGAAACAGAUUUACGAGCACUUGGUUAUUGUAGCUAGGAGCUGUUCUUUUUGAACAAUCUAACCUACAUCGAGAACGCUAAGAAACGCCAUUGUAUAGUAUUUUUUCUAGGUAAAGCCGCUAUAUGAAUCAGUUGUAGAAGUGUGAAUGUGGUUAAUAAGAGUUUAGUUAAGCCAAUUUUUGCAAAUUGCCCUCCCUUGCCCCUGGGCUUGUGAUGCCCUUACUGUACUCUCCAAUUCCCACAUCUUGGGCAAGGUACUGAAAGCAGCUGGUAUCUGUGGAACUGUACCCUCGUAAUAGCCAUUGUAUAAGGGAGCAUUUAUUCACCAUAGUUUCUUUACUUGCUACCUUUACAUUAAUAGUUUUUUUUGUUUGUGUUUUUGUGAAGGGGUCCAAAUCAAAUUUCCAACAGAAGCAAUGUUUGUUUGAGGGAACUGUAACAAUUCAUAGUAAUAAUUGCUGUUGGUUUACCCCAAACAGACAAAAAGUUUUCAGUGGUGUGGUGUUUUCAUUAAUAACAGAUCAAUCUCACAGAAGUAAAAUGGAAAACCAAAAGACUGCAGAUGCUGUAAAUCUGGGGUAAAAAGCAAAGGCCAUGGAAGAACUCAGCAGGUCAAGCAGUAUAUAUGGAGGGAAAUUCAAUAUUUCAGGUCAAGACUCUUCACCAAGACUGGAAAGGGGUGAUAGCCAGUAUAAGUAAGUGGGAAGAUGGGGGCAGAGCUAGAGCUGGCAGGUGGAAAUGUUGUUGGAUACUAUCAUCUGGAUCCCGAUUUCACCUGCCAACUCUUGUUCCUCUUCCCCACUCCCACAUUUUUAUACUGGCUCUCUCUCUUCUUACAGCCCCAAAGAAGGGGGUUGACCCCAAACAUCGACUGUCCAUUUCUGCCAAGUUUCUCCAUGGCCUUCAUUUGACACUCACGGAGGUAAAACUUGCCGCAAUUGAACUGAAAGAUCGGUUCAGGAGAUCACCCUGCUUACCAGAACUGAGUGCAUUGGGAUUUUUCCAACAUUCUCAUCUCAUGACUGAAAAGUUUUACAUCUUAUCUGAAUGUAUCUGGAGUGUUGAUGGGCAACAGGCAAAUUUCAGUCAACGUCUGAAACUAAAGCAACAUACAUCAAAGUUGCUGGUGAACGCAGCAGGCCAGGCA